AUGCUCUCCCUCGGCCUCGCGAGCGCCGCCUACUCCUCCUCCUCCGACCUCGCGCAGCCGACCGUCCCCACGGAGCGCCUCUCCUCCUCGCCCGACAUCUGGCUCACCAAAGGCUUCCUCUCGCCCGCCGAGGUGAAGCACCUGCGAACAAAAGUGCCGGCCGACGAGGCGGCGUACGCGCCGUGCAUCGGCCAGGUGGACGAGUUUGAGUCGAAGCGGUGCGCCUUCGUCCCGGUGGCGGGCGACCCGCUCGCCGAGGCCCUCGUCGCGCGGCUCGGCGAGGCGUGGCGCGUCGACACCUCGCGACUCGUCGCGGCCGGCCUGCCUCUCAUCCGGUAUCUUCCCGGCGCGCCGCCGGUGGGGAAGCACGGCGACGAGGACCGGCACGGGGUGGUGCCCAACGCGACGCUCGUCCUCUACCUCACCGGCUCCGACCCCGCCCACCCCGCCGGUCAGACAAUCUUUCCCGAGGCGCGCCGCCGCCGCUCCCUCCGACCUCGGAGUGCGGGCGUCGCCGUCUCCCCGACGCCGGGCGCCGUCCUCUCCUUCUCCAACCUCGACGCCUCCGGCGCCCCCCACCCCAACGGCCGCCACCUCGUCAGCGCCGUCCCGCGCGAGGCGGAGAGCGACCGGCUCGUCCUGCAGGUCCCGCUCGCCCACCCGGCCGGCGGCGCUCCUCCGCACGCCUACGCGGAGCACGUCUCGGGCAACAAGAAGCCGGGCGAGCACGAGAAGCUGCACGGCAACGCGCAGCAAAAGGGCGCGUACGCAGCGGCUGUCGCCGCGGGCAUGUCGAUCGCGGUUGCUUUCAUGGCGGCCAAGGCGGGCAAGUUUGAGGCCGGGGACGCGGCGUCGCUGGAGGCGGCGGCCAGGGCGACCAACGAGUUCGCCGCCGACGAUUUCAAGACAAAGGCGGCCUGAGGGAGGGCCUGGCUUGCCUGUGGAGGGGCGGCCCCUGGCUCCUUUCCAGACUUCUACACCCCGUUUGUGUGACAGCUGCAGAGGUCGAGAGGGAGGCGAAAGCAGCGAGAGCGGCACCCAUGUACACUGAAGACGCGCCGGUGUUGCGGUUCCUGGCCCCCUUCGCGCGGCUCGUCAUGCCAGCAUAGCACACAGGCGCCCACGAUGUAGGUAGAGCGCGUGACGGCGUGACGGCGUCGGUGUCCACUCGCGCGCGAGCAACGGGGGGCGAAAGUCUGUGACUGUCCGCAAACGCCCUCCAAGCCCCCGGCCCCCCCUGGCCCUGCAAGUCUAAUAACUUAGACACGCUCUGAGAAGAUUUUUUGCGACUGUUUGAAAAACUUGGAAAACG